AUGGCUAUGGAGAUGCAGCUUGAAGCAAAUGCAGAUACUUCAGUGGAAGAAGAAAGCUUUGGUCCACAACCUAUUUCUCGAUUAGAGCAAUGUGGUAUAAAUGCCAAUGAUGUGAAGAAAUUGGAAGAAGCUGGAUUUCAUACCGUAGAGGCUGUUGCCUAUGCACCAAAGAAGGAGCUAAUAAAUAUUAAGGGGAUUAGUGAAGCCAAAGCUGAUAAAAUUCUGACUGAGGCAGCUAAAUUAGUUCCAAUGGGUUUCACCACUGCAACUGAGUUCCACCAAAGGCGAUCUGAGAUCAUACAGAUUACUACUGGCUCCAAAGAACUUGACAAACUGCUUCAAGGAGGAAUUGAGACUGGAUCCAUCACAGAGAUGUUUGGAGAAUUCCGAACUGGGAAGACCCAGAUCUGUCAUACAUUGGCUGUAACAUGCCAGCUUCCCAUUGACCGAGGUGGAGGUGAAGGAAAGGCCAUGUACAUUGACACCGAAGGUACCUUUAGGCCAGAACGGCUGCUAGCAGUGGCUGAGAGAUAUGGCCUCUCUGGCAGUGAUGUCCUGGAUAAUGUAGCAUAUGCUCGAGGGUUCAACACAGACCACCAGACCCAGCUCCUUUAUCAGGCAUCGGCCAUGAUGGUAGAGUCCAGGUAUGCACUGCUAAUUGUAGACAGUGCCACCGCCCUCUACAGAACGGACUAUUCGGGUCGAGGUGAGCUUUCAGCCAGACAGAUGCACUUGGCCAGGUUUCUGCGGAUGCUUUUGCGACUUGCUGAUGAGUUUGGGGUAGCAGUGGUAAUCACCAACCAGGUGGUGGCCCAGGUUGAUGGAGCAGCCAUGUUUGCCGCGGACCCUAAGAAGCCUAUUGGAGGAAACAUCAUUGCUCAUGCCUCAACAACAAGACUGUACCUGAGAAAAGGAAGAGGGGAAACCAGAAUCUGCAAAAUCUAUGACUCUCCUUGUCUUCCUGAAGCUGAAGCUAUGUUUGCCAUCAAUGCGGAUGGAGUGGGAGAUGCCAAAGACUGA